AUGGGGUCCCCUCUAAGUCCCCUUAUGGCGGACAUUUUCAUGGAUAAUUUCGAAAAACAACAUAUAGUUGUCAAUCAAAAUAUCUUAUAUUACUAUCGAUAUGUAGACGACAUAAUUAUUUGCUGGACUGGCACCAGGAGACAACUGGAUGUUUUCCUCAAUAAAAUAAAUAGAGUCCAUGACAAAAUUAAAUUUAAACUUGAAUUGGAACAAGAUUGUUCCCUUAAUUUUCUCGACUUAACAAUAACAAGAAAAGUAUCGUCACAUGUUUUCCAAAUUUAUCGAAAGCCAACUCACACCGACACGGUCAUCCCCGCGUCAUCAUGUCAUCCGUGGCAACGUAAAGUAGCCGCUUUUUAUUGUUACAUUAACCGUUUGUUCACUGUCCCAUUAUGUAAAGAAAAUUAUUUAAAAGAACUUAAUAUAAUUUAUCAAAUAGCGGUCUCUAACGGUUUUUCAAAAAAUCUCAUUAACAAUUAG